AUGUCGCGGUUGAGUGCUGUGUCGGAUCCUCAACACCCGGUGAGACUGCUGCGAGCUCUCAGCUCCUUCCGCGAGGAGAGCGGUUUCUGCGAUGCGCACCUGGUGCUGGAGGGGGAGGAGAUCCCGGUGCAGAAGAACAUCCUGGCGGCUGCCAGUCCCUACUUUUCCUUCUCCUCCGCUCUUAGAACAAAAUUGAAUUACAGUCCUCCAAAGGAUGAUGGCUCAACGUACAAGAUUGAACUUGAAGGGAUAUCUGUCAACAUCAUGAAAGAGAUACUAGAUUACAUCUUCAGUGGGCAGAUCAGGCUAAAUGAAGAAACUAUCCAAGAUGUGGUACAGGCAGCUGAUCUCCUGCUGCUUACAGACUUAAAAACUCUCUGCUGUGAGUUUUUAGAAGGUUGCAUAGCUGCUGAGAACUGUAUUGGUAUUCGGGACUUUGCACUGCACUAUUGUUUGCAUCAUGUUCACUACCUUGCCUCAGAGUAUCUGGAAACUCACUUUCGAGAUGUCAGCAGCACAGAGGAAUUCUUGGAACUGACUCCUCAAAAACUGAAAGAAGUGCUGUCAAUGGAAAAGCUCAAUGUUGGAAAUGAAAAAUAUGUCUUUGAAGCGGUGAUUAGGUGGAUUUCUCAUGAUUCUGAAUCAAGAAAGGUUCACAUGAAGGAUGUCAUGUCAGCAGUGUGGGUUUCGGGCUUAGAUUCAGUGUAUUUACAUGAGCAGAUGAUGAGCGAACCACUGGUACGGGAGAUUGUCAAAGAGUGCAACAACAUUCCUCUCACACCACCGCAGCAGGGAGAGGUGAUGCUGGCCUCCUUCAAGCCCCGGGGCUACUCAGAGUGUAUAGUGACUGUUGGUGGAGAAGAGCGAGUAUCACGAAAACCAACCUCAGUGAUGCGGUGUAUGUGUCCUCUUUAUGAUCCCAAUAGACAGCUCUGGAUUGAACUUGCUCCUAUGAGUAUUCCAAGGAUCAAUCAUGGAGUAUUGUCAGCAGAAGGAUUUUUAUUUGUGCUUGGUGGUCAGGAUGAAAACAAGGGAACACUAAGCUCUGGAGAGAAAUAUGAUCCAGAUACCAAUUCAUGGAGCUCCUUACCACCAAUGAAUGAGGCGCGACAUAAUUUUGGUGUGGUAGAGAUUGAUGGAAUUCUGUAUAUCUUGGGAGGUGAGGACGGUGAAAGAGAGCUCAUCUCUAUGGAGAGCUAUGAUAUUUAUAGCCAGACCUGGACCAAGCAGCCAGACUUGACCAUGGUUAGAAAGAUUGGCUGCUAUGCAGCUAUGAAGAAGAAAAUCUUUGCAAUGGGUGGAGGCUCCUAUGGAAAACUCUUUGAGACUGUUGAGUGUUAUGAUCCUAGGACUCAGCAAUGGACAGCAAUCUGUCCUCUGAAAGAGAGAAGGUUUGGUGCAGUAGCCUGUGGAGUUGCCUCUGAGCUUUAUGUAUUUGGUGGGGUCAGGAGUCGUGAUGACAGUCAAGCUGGUGAGAUGGUGAUGUGCAAAUCUGAACUUUAUCAUGAGGAGUUUAAAAGGUGGAUUUAUCUAAGUGACCAGAACCUAUGUACCCCAACUAGUUCUUCUUUCGUGUAUGGAGCUGUGCCUAUCGGAGCCAGCAUAUAUGUGAUUGGAGAUCUUGAUACAGGUACAAAUUACGAUUAUGUUAGGGAAUUUAAGAGAAGCACGGGAACCUGGCAGCGCACUAAACCACUGUUCCCAUCGGACCUCCGCCGUACUAGCUGUGCAGCUUUGCGGAUUGCAAACUGCAGGCUCUUUCGACUGCAGCUUCAACAAGGGUUAUUCCGCAUCCGCGUACCUUCUCCAUGA